AUGAUCCCUUCAACGCCCCUCCCACACAAUGAAGAAUUUUCUUGCGCUGAAGAGUACGUCGAAUCCUUACUAAAAUUUUCGACGACUUCGCAAAUCUUUCAGACCCUCUGUGGUGGUAUCCACAUCCUCGAUUUCUUCACGCAGGAAAAAAGCCUUUAUCACACUGUGAUACCAUCCGAAUGGCGCCAAUGGCUCCUAGCCCAAGAUUCCAUGGCCCUCUUGGAUUUCUUCAUGCGUGACGAUCUCAACGCCCCCAUGCAGGCCCCGGCGCCCAAGACACUGAUCGACUACGUGCAUCAGAUCAGGAAACACUCCUUACGACGGAAAAUGCCCACAGCCCAGCAGAUAAGGCCUCCCGUGCUUCCACGUCAUGUUGCUGUGGGAAUGAUCCCGAAGAAGGUACACGAAGUGACGAAUUUCGCCCAGUACGUUGCUAAAGUGGCAGAUGAUAUUGCCCAUGAGUCAGGGCAGGAGAUCACGCACUUUCUAGACUUGGGGAGUGGACAAAACUAUCUCGGAAGAGCUCUAGCGAGCAACCCUUACAACAAACAUAUUGUGGCCGUUGAGAACAAGGCACUCAACAUUAGCGGGGCGAAGAACAUGGAUGUUGUGGCUAAUGUUGCCAAGCGAGAAACAGUAUGGCGCAAUAAAAAGGUCUAUCGUCAACAACAGAGCAAUUUGAGGCAGACUAUAAAUCAAAGCCAAGACCUCAAGCAGACUACAGACACACAUAGACCUUCGCAAGCUCCUGCGGACUUUAGGCCUACUCGAGAACUCAAGACUAUUUAUACACCCCAAGAUGGAAAAGGCUUUAUCAAUUACAUCCAGUGUCAGAUACGAGACGCUGAUUUCUCUUAUAUUAUCAGCCAAAUUGAAGAAAAUCCUCCAGAAUUUAUGCCAGUCUCAACAGAGGAUGGCGUAACUAAAGUUUCAGACGAAGUAAUUCCCGUCGGAAAAGGCACGUGUCUAGGUGUUACAAUCCCAAAAAUAAUGGUGAUUUCAAUUCACUCUUGCGGUAACUUGUCUCACCAUGGCAUACGUUCGCUUCUCCUUAACCCGACUGUCAGUGCUAUUGCUAUCGUUGGAUGUUGCUACAAUCUCCUAUCCGAAAGAUUUGGUGCGCCAUCUAUUAAACAUCCUCUUCUUCGUCCGAACCAAAAUGCCAUAAAUUCCUCUCUUAUUAUUGACGAUAAUGCAGCUGGCGACCCGCAUGGCUACCCCAUGAGUAAGCGUGUCGCAUCAUAUAGUGACGACGGGCUGAGACUCAAUAUCACGUCGCGUAUGAUGGCGGUGCAAGCACCAUGGAAUUGGACCAAAAAAGAGAGCGAUGACUUUUUCACCCGACACUAUUAUCGAGCACUUUUGCAACGAAUAUUUUUGGACUGGGGUGUAGUGCACUUGACAGAGGGUGUUUCAGAUGGUAUCAUGGGGAGCACUGAGCCGAUAAUUAUCGGGAGUCUCCGAAAAGGCUGUUUCCUAAACUUUAGGCUAUAUGUAAGGGGCGCCAUUGAUAAACUUUUACAAAAGCCUGGGCGGUGUGUACAGAACCUGGAGAAGAUGAAGGAAAUUACAGACGAACAGAUUGAUGAGUAUAUCUUAAAGCAUGGGGCUCUAAAGAAAGAGCUUAGUAUCACUUGGUCUUUGAUGUCUUUCAGUGCUGGUGUGGUCGAAAGCCUGAUUGUGGUAGAUCGAUGGUUAUUUUUAAAAGAGAGUCCGGAUAUUGUUCGGGAGUGCUGGGUUGAACCUGUUUUCAAUUAUGAGCUGAGCCCUCGUAACCUCGUCGUCGUUGGGAUUAAACGCUAA